UUCCUGAGAAGCAGUGCGUAGACCACCUCUUCGGUCCGGUCCCUGGAUAGAGGUGUAUUUUUUUUUAAUUAAUUUGUUUCUUUACUUGAUUUUGCCGUUUUGAAAACGUUCUAGCAAUGCGUCCGUAACUAUGUUGGCGCGUCGGUCCAGAGGUGGCUCAGACGAACCGGGUCUCAGUGAUGCCUUAGCGUCGCGUCGCGUGCGACAGAGCGAGCAAACCUAUCGCAAAGUUUCCCUAUUGUACAGUAGAUGAGUGCGCGUGGACUUUAGGACAGUCCGGUACGCCAGGACGCUCGAGCCUGUCCUAUUCACAACACUACUUCGUCGGCGUCUUGAGUUUAGCUUUGUUUUUUGGCGUCGGUCAAACACGGAGGACUUUCCGUCGUGUCUGUGGACGGGUUUAGUGGAUUUACGUCGUGUCCAAGGAAACGGAAGAUUACAAGCCGAUGCUGUCGAGGUGAUUCCUGAACUGUUCCGAGUCCAUCUCUCUCUUCCUCGGCUCUGUCUCUACAUGCGCCCAGGGAAGUACGGAUAUAGCAGAGGGCCACUGUGCUGACGGACUUGGUGACAUCAGGAACUCCUCCAUUGUGUCUGAUGGAUCUCAGGCUUGCCUCAUUGACGCUCGGAACACUACUUAUUCUCGUGACCUCUGGGCCACGGCCAUCCGUUGGACAGAAGGUUUACACCAACACAUGGGCCGUCCACAUCACAGGGGGAGAGCAGGAAGCCGACCGCAUCGCUGGAAAGCACGGCUUUGUGAACCACGGGAAGGUUUUUGGAGAUUAUUAUCACUUCAGGCACCGCAGAGUGGUGAAGAGGUCUUUAUCAGAGCACAGAGGAACACACAUUCGUCUGCACACAGAACCUCAGGUAAUGUGGGCGGAACAGCAGGUGGUGAAACGAAGAAAGAAGAGGGAUAUUUACUAUGAGCCAACCGAUCCGAAGUUUGCACAGCAGUGGUACUUGUACAACGAAGAUCAUCGCGACCUUAACGUAAAGGAGGCCUGGAAGCAGGGUUUCACUGGACAAGGCGUCGUCGUGUCCAUACUGGAUGAUGGAAUUGAAAAAAACCACCCAGAUCUGAUUCAAAACUAUGAUCCAGAUGCUAGCUACGAUGUUAAUGAUGGCGACCCAGACCCUCAGCCUCGAUACACCCAACUCAAUGAUAACAGACAUGGGACACGUUGUGCAGGAGAGGUUGCUGCUGUUGCCAACAAUGGCAUGUGUGGAGUCGGAGUGGCCUACAACUCCAAGAUCGGGGGUGUGCGCAUGUUGGAUGGAGAAGUCACUGAUGUGGUGGAAGCUCAGUCUCUCAGUCUCAACCCACAGCACAUUGACAUCUACAGCGCCAGCUGGGGACCCGAAGACGACGGCAAAACGGUGGACGGCCCUGCAAAGCUAGCCAAAGAGGCAUUUCUACGCGGCGUGAUGGAGGGCCGUGGAGGACGGGGCUCCAUCUUCGUGUGGGCUUCGGGAAAUGGUGGCCGAGAGAAGGACAGCUGCAACUGCGACGGUUACACCAAUAGCAUCUACACGCUGUCGAUCAGCAGCAGCACACAGAACGGCAACGUGCCCUGGUACAGCGAGGCCUGCUCCUCCACCCUCGCCACAACCUACAGCAGUGGAGGCCUCAAUGAGAAACAGAUUGUCACUACAGACCUCAGGCAGAAGUGCACAGACUCCCACACAGGCACCUCUGCCUCGGCCCCUCUGGCGGCGGGAAUCAUCGCCCUCGCCCUUGAGGCCAAUAAAAACCUGACCUGGAGAGACAUGCAGCAUCUGGUUGUGAGGACGUCCAACCCUGCCCACCUCACCACCAAUGACUGGAAGACAAAUGGAGUGGGUCGCAGAGUAAGUCAUUCUUAUGGAUAUGGUCUGUUGGAUGCCGGGGCCAUUGUGACUCUGGCAAAGAACUGGACGAAUGUGGGACCUCAGCGGAAAUGUGUGCUUUCCCUGGUGUCUGAGCCUAGGAAUAUCGGGAGUCAUCUGGUGAUCAAUAAGAGUGUGGAUUCGUGCGCUGGGACGGAAAACUUUGUGAGCUCAUUGGAACAUGCUCAAGCCCGGCUCACUCUGUCCUACAACCGCAGAGGAAACCUGGCCAUCUACCUGGUCAGCCCACAGGGCACCCGCUCCACGCUGCUUGCACCCAGACCUCAUGAUUACUCCUCUGAGGGUUUCAAUGACUGGGCUUUCAUGACCACCCACUCCUGGGAUGAAGACCCUCGUGGAGAAUGGACGUUGGAGAUCGAGAACGUGGCUGGAACUAGCGACUACGGCACUCUCACCCAGUUCACGCUGGUUCUCUAUGGCACAGCUUCUAGUUUAUCCGGCCCUUCAGCAGCGGACUCCAGCAGCUGCAAAACAUACGACCUCAAUCAGAUCUGCACAGAGUGCAACCCCGGCUUCUACUUGCACAACAAGGGCUGUGUGAGAGACUGUCCAGCAGGUUUCACUGCAGGCUCCCGCUACAUCUUCCUCCCCAACAACGAGGUGCCGUCCGUCCUCCGUCCGGCCUGCCUGCCCUGUGACCCCAUCUGCCUCACCUGCAGCGGCACGGGCCCUCAGAGCUGUCUCUCCUGCCCUCCUCACAGCCACCUGGACGCCGUCAUCGGCACCUGUCUGCACCAGAACCACAUCCAGCGCGAGUCUCCGGACGGCGGCCUGUUCCAGACCCUGGGCGGCGGCUCGUCCGUCAAACUGCCCCCGGAGCUCACCUCCAGCCUGCCCGCCACCGUGGCCGUGCUCAGCUGUGCCUUCAUCGUGGCUACGUUUGUGGGCGUGUUCGGCUUCCUGCAGAUGUACACGUGCAAGCAGAACAAACUGCUCUCCGCUGAAGCCGGGCCGGGAUCCGGUUUGCUGGUCGGGUUAGGUUUCAACCGCACCUCGGUGGCCUACAAGGGCAUCCCGAGCGUUUGGAGGGAGGACGAGGGCAAUACGGAGUCUGAGAACGAGGAGUUCGAGAUCCGUAAUGAGAGGACUGCCUUCAUCAAAACACAAAGUGCUCUUUAACCCCUCCUUGCCCGUGUUCCUCUCCUCUCUAGCCUCUACUGCACUGUUGUCUCCUCUUUUUUUUUUUUUUUUUGGUGUGUGAUUUCCCUCUGGGUUUUGUCUGAGCAUAUCUCAUUUCUGAGGGUUCUGGUUGUUUUCCGCACCUGUCAUAGUUAUAUGAGCCAUGAUUCACCUGGGUGUUGACCUCUCUCGGUGCCUCAACAUGGAAAGCUUCCAACCACAAGCGACGGGGAUGAGCCGGUGGUCGCUGGGUUGUCCUGGAUUUACAAUAAACGCGAUUAUUGCUUGUUCUCUUCCACUUGCCUAGUGAGAUUUUAAGAAACAAGAAGAUUUAAAUAUCUACGUAAAAGAAAAACAAAGCUUUUCUUUGAGUGAGUGAAUGAGUGAGUGUGUGUGUGUGUGUGUGUAACUCUUUAUAUGAAGUCAGUCAGUGCUCCAGUGGCUCCGAUCCACUGUCUUUGCGCAGGGAGCCUUUUAGAAGAACAUAUCACUAUUUCUGCAUGGUCAGAUGGAGAGCAGAGCAGCAUGCUGUUUAGCGUGUUUCAAGAGCUUACUGCUCCCCCUAGAGCAUCUACAUUGACGAAUUAUUUUAUCUACAGUAGGCUGUUUAAAAGGAAUAGAUGAAACCAAGAUGAAACCUGGCAUAUUUCGCUCACUAUCAUGUCAUUGCAAACCUGCAUGAUUUUCUUAGGUGCAAAAUAUUGUUUAGAAAGUCCAAACUCUUUCUCUCUCUCUCUCUCUCGUUCUCUCUCUCUCUCUCUCUGUGUGAUUCAUUUUAUCACGUUGAUUUAGUCCUUUUUUGCUCAACUUUUUUUGUCUCUUUUCAGCGUAUUUAGAGUUUCUUUUAAAGUAAGAUCUCAUGCAAGUUUGAAACGACACGAGCGACUAUUACCGUGUUAUUAGUGAGAGUUUGUGAACUGCAGCGUCUCUGCGCUCCCCGGCCGCACUGUAUGUACGUGGAGAGAAAUCUCUGAUGACGGUCAGUCCCUCCGAGCCAGCUCAGCAACAUUAAGCUCUUCUCCUUUCUAAAUCUGUUCUACAGUCAAGGUUUGAAACACUAUAAACGGCCCCGGCUAUAGGCCUGUCCUGAAAAGAUCCGGCUUCCAUGUUGUCGUGUUUAUAGGGAUCAUCGGUUUUUUUUUUUGAUUAGAGGUGGUGUUCUUUACAGUAUGGGUGUGUUUUUGAAUUAAUUUAGAGACGGGGCUGUGAUGACCUUCACCCAGAGCAGCUUGGGUUUUAGACAUUUGGUUGUUUUCGUCAGCUCGAAUCAUUUCUUCAGGUCAUUUUCUCUGCUUACUACUGUUUGUUGUUAGUAAUACCCUUGGCCUUUUAAGCUCAUCUGCCCAGACGUUGUUGUUUGUUUUCGUUUUGUUUUUAUCAGAAUGACACAUUCGUGAUCCAUAUGUUCCUUAUAUGCAUUAUCUUUAUAAAAUGACAAUGUUAUCUAAGGAAUCUGUGCAAUAGAGACCCAACAGAGUUAAUGACGUGCUGAUCAUAUCGUAUAUAUCAAUAUUUCGGAGCACAAUUAGCCUUUCAAAACCAUUGCUUCUCACGACGGCACGAAACAAAGACAAGGACACGAUAUAAGCCAGUUCACAAACUACUUGCACCAUCUUCACCCUAGUUUAGUUACUUUUUUUUUUUCAUAUGCAAUUAAGGCUGGUCUUUUGUUUUAAAGUGUGUCCCGUUCAUCCACACAGUCUCUAGACUGUCAUCUUAAUACUUAAUGCUAAUGUUGUUUUGUUGAUCUUGUACCUCCCCGUUCUUAAAACAAGUUCCAAAUUUGGUACUCCUUUUCAUCCCUCCUUUCGUUAUUUGCAUAGAGUUCAACUUUGGAGCUGCAAUUUACCAUUUAGCUAAACAACUGUAUAGGUCUUUAGAUUAUUUACAAUCAAUAUAUAGGUCUUCAGUUUAUUUGCAAAGAAUGAAAUUUGGGUAAAUUAGGCCACGCAGUUCAUUUAGCACACACGCACACAGAGUUGUAUCUACUUUCUGUUUGUAAUGGUUUCAAAAUGUUUAGUCAUAUCUCUACACUUUUGUUUAGCUAAACCGUAAAAAUGGCUGUUCCUGCCCCCUACCGUAAUGAUUUAGCGUCACAGCUGUUUUGGAAAGCCUCAAAGACAAUAAAGGCAUGACCAAAGAGCACAGAUGAAAAUCUGCUUGCCUUAGAGAGAUGACAUGAUAUUAAAAAAAAAUUACUACUUGUUUUUUUUUUUUUUUUUUUUGUUUUUUUAAAUUGAGGUUAGUUUUGCAUUAGAUAAGCGAUUUGGCCGUACCCCUUCACAGAAUGCUUCACAUGGCUAAUGAGUUAUAUUUUAGCAGUUGUGGUCUAAACUUGUCGCGGCAGCAGUUUUUACCAAGGUCACACGCUGUAGGUUUUCACCCUGAUGGUGCGACGAUUGCAUUGCGCUUUAAGGGCUUGAGCGCUUGUGUGAGCGUGUGUUAGUGUGUUUGUGUAUGUGUGUUUAGGCACAAGUGAGAACAUUCUGGAAACGUAGGAUUGAUUUCAUGUUUAUUUUGAAGAGUCAACUGAUGCAUGUAGAUCCCCCCCCCCAAGUAGAAAACACCAAUCAUUUGUAUGACUACCUGAGAUGGGACGACUAUAUAAAAAUAAGGCCUAUUUUUGUACUAUAUAUGGUGCAUUGUCAUUUACAUGUAAUUUAAAAAUUAUUUUGCUCUUUUUUUUUCUUUUUUUUUUUCUUUUUAUUUAAUUGAUGUCAAUAUGCGAAUUAUAGAUUAUACAAAAAAUUAAAAAAUAAAGAUCUAUGCAAACUUCA